GCCGAUACGAGACGUUCUCAACUCUGAGUGUUGCAACCGAGAAAGGGGAGAGGAGGUGUCUUUCUUCGUUCUCAGAAGCACUCGGCAAUCCUAUUUGGCAUUUUUUUUAGCUGUGGUGAGCAAUGAGAUCUACGGCCGAUGCUUUGCUCGAGCUUGACCGGGUUUUUGUCUCUAAAAAGGAUGUUACUUCCCAAGAAGUAAAUGUUCUUCUAAGUUGCAGAUCCAAGGCUAUGAAGGGAUUUUUUGGUGGAGCUCUUAUUGGGGGUGGUCUUGCGUGGGGAGUGGGAUGGAAGUAUUCAAGACCAACGCGAAUGAUCCUUUCAGGAGCAGCUGCUAUGUAUACUGGACGCUCGAGUUUUCGUAAAUCUAUAAGUUCAUCUGUUGAUCAAAUUCUUGCUCUCGAUGGAAGUCGGAUUCAGAAGGAGUUAGCAACUAUAAUAAUGGAAAGGCAUUGGAAUGAUCCUUCAAUGAUGCAGCUUAUCACCAGGAUUUUUUAUACGGAGAAAGUGUUUGAUGAUUCAACCUCAGAUCAGCCCAGGCUGAGAUGGCGCUAUCGGAAUUUUUUCAGUGAUGAUGUUGCAUUUCAUCAAAGUUCACAUGAUGACAGCGAUUCUCAUGAUAGCUCCCGCAACAACGCCCAGAGAGAUUUUGAUAGUACGUCCAAUAACAAUUCUCGUAUUGUCUCCCACAAUGAUGGAAGAAAGAAUGAUUUGGAGCACAAGCAACUUAAUAUGAACACUGGCCCUGAUGUGAUGGAGGACCCUCUAGAUUGUGUUUUUGGAUCUAUGACAGCAAUGGAGGAGAUUCGCAACCCCAGUUCCUUGACUACGCCGACCAGGCAUGACCAUAAAAGAUCUCAUCGUAGGCGUCGAAUGCACCGUCAUGUACUUCGUUCAGAGCAUCGUGCAUGAUAUACAGCGGGUUAAAGCUGAGCAUCAGGUCCUCUUUGUUUAAGCAAAUCCGUGUGACGUUUUAACUGUGGACUGGAUAUGGUACCAUUUGCUUAUGCAUUGUUAAAAGCAACUCUAAUGACUAGAUAUGUAAGACCUUUGUUACCUAAGGUGGUAUGGUGUAUGACAUGCAUUGGAAGAGAAGCGGUCAUUGCCUCUGAUUUAAAGAAAUUUCGUCAUAAUCUA